AUGGAGGAAGUAAAGAAGAGGGAUUGUAUGGAGAAGGCAAGACCAUUCAUUUCAGUGGUAUUGUUGCAAGUAGGGCUUGCGGGAAUGGACAUUCUCUCAAAGGCCGCCCUAAACAAAGGCAUGAGCAAUUACGUCCUUGUCGUCUACCGUCACGCCGUUGCUACCGUCGUUAUGGCCCCGUUUGCCUUAUAUUUUGACAAGAAAGUGAGACCAAAGAUGACAAUGAUGAUAUUCUUCAAGAUAACACUCCUUGGUUUACUCGAGCCAGUGAUUGAUCAGAACUUAUACUAUAUUGGGAUGAAAUACACAACGGCUACAUUUGCAACAGCCAUGUAUAACGUCCUACCCGCGAUCACUUUCGUCCUUGCCUACAUUUUUGGGCUCGAAAGAGUGAACCUACGGUGCAUCAGGAGUGCGGGUAAGAUAAUCGGGACAUUGGCUACAGUUGGAGGAGCCAUGAUCAUGACCCUUGUCAAAGGUCCAGUUCUUGAACUCUUUUGGACCAAAGGAGUCUCUGCACAUAACACAGCCGGGACCGAUAUUCAUAGCGCCAUCAAAGGCGCGGUAUUGGUCACAAUUGGUUGUUUCGGCUAUGCUUGUUUCAUGAUUCUUCAAGCUGUCACGUUGAGGACUUACCCGGCCGAGCUCUCACUCACAGCAUGGAUAUGUCUGAUGGGGACAAUCGAAGGAACCGCGGUGGCAUUAGUGAUGGAGAAAGGAAAUCCCGGCGCGUGGGCCAUUGGUUGGGACACUAAACUUCUUACAGCAACUUAUAGUGGGAUAGUGUGCUCAGCAAUAGCUUACUACAUUGGAGGAAUGGUGAUGAAAACCAGAGGCCCUGUGUUUGUAACAGCUUUUAGUCCUCUCUGUAUGAUCAUAGUAGCGAUUAUGUCGACCAUCAUCUUUGCUGAGCAGAUGUACCUAGGAAGAGUUCUUGGUGCGGCGGUUAUAUGUGCAGGACUAUAUCUUGUGAUAUGGGGCAAAGGUAAAGAUAUUGAGUAUCCUUCCACGCCGAAAAUAGAUGAUGAAUCAGCACAACCAAAGCUAGAACUAAGCGGAAACAGGAAUGAUAGUGUUGAUCAUGAAGUCAUUACUAUCAAUAAGCAAGGAGAACAAAGAAGAACAGUUGUAGAAACAGUCUAA